UACCUACACGUGUACAGCACAAAACAGUUACAGCAUUGGAGGCACAGGGUCAAACAGUCAGUCUAUGACCAUCAAUGUGUUCUAUCCCCCGUCUGUGUCCAGUUUGACAGAUAAAGACAUUAUAGAAGGAGAUGACCUAUCUGUCACGUGUUCUGUCACCAAUGGAAAUCCUUCCCAAACCAAUGUCUACUGGACUAAGACAGGUGACUCUGGAUUUAGACAGAAUGGUGCUGUACUGCGGAUACAGAGAAUACAGAGAAACAUGGCUGGUACCUACACAUGUACAGCACAAAACAGUUACAGCAUUGGAGGCGCGGAUCAAACA